AUGUCGGACAUCACCACCAAGGCAGUCAACACGAUCCGUGUGUUAGCGGCAGACGUUGUUGCAAAGGCGAAUUCCGGGCAUCCAGGUGCCCCAAUGGGAAUGGCUCCAGCAGCUCAUGUUUUAUUUUCCCAAUUAAAGACUAAUCCAAAGAAUCCAGAAUGGAUCAACAGAGACCGGUUUGUGCUCUCCAAUGGCCAUGCGGUUGCAUUAUUGUACGUUAUGCUGCAUCUCUCCGGGUACCCUAUUUCUAUGGAGGAUUUGAAACAGUUUAGACAGUUGGAUUCAAAGACUCCUGGCCAUCCAGAGAGUGAGACUGUUGGUGUUGACGUCACUACAGGUCCAUUAGGUCAAGGUAUCUCCAAUGCCGUUGGUCUGGCCAUUGCGCAGGCGAAUUUCGGCGCAACCUACAACAAACCGGGCUACACCAUCUCAAAUAACUACACAUACACGUUUUUCGGUGACGGUUGUAUGAUGGAAGGUGUUGCCUCUGAGGCAGCAUCUCUUGCUGGCCAUUUACAGUUGGGCAACUUGAUUGCCUUUUAUGAUGAUAACAAGAUCUCAAUUGAUGGUUCCACCAAUAUGGCCUUCACCGAGGAUGUUUCCAAGAGGUUAGAAUCUUACGGUUGGGAAGUUAUUGAAGUUAAGGAUGCAGACACUGAUUUUGAUGCCCUGGCUCUUGCCAUUGAAAAGGCAAAGUCCAACAAGAACCAACCAUCUUGUAUUAGAAUGUCCACUACCAUUGGUUAUGGUUCCUUGAAGCAGGGAACUGCCGGUGUCCAUGGUUCUCCAUUAAAGGCAGACGACAUUGCCCAAUUGAAGGAGAAAUGGGGGUUUGAUCCUGCAAAGUCAUUUAAUGUCGAAGAUGAUGUCUAUGAUUAUUGGAAGUCUGUUGCUGCUAGGGGGGAAGAGGAAAAUAGAAAAUGGGAUUCUCUCUUUGAAGCUUAUUCAAAGGAGUACCCUAAGGAAGCCGAAGAAAUCAAGAGGAGAGUCUCUUAUAAGUUACCACAAGGUUGGGAGAAGGUCUUACCAACUUACACCAAGGAUGAUAAACCUCUUGCAUCAAGAAAAUUAUCAGAAAUUGUCCUGGGUAAAAUCGAAGAAUCUUUACCUGAACUAAUUGGUGGUUCAGCGGAUUUGACUCCUUCCAACUUGACCAGAUGGGGUGGUGCAGUUGAUUUCCAACCUCCUCAAACCGGAUUGGGAGAUUAUGCCGGCAGAUACAUCAGAUUUGGUGUUAGAGAACACGGUAUGGGUGCAAUCAUGAAUGGUAUUGCAGCAUACGGUGCUAACUACAAGCCUUAUGGUGGUACCUUUUUGAACUUUGUCUCUUAUGCUGCCGGUGCAGUUAGAUUAUCUGCAUUGUCGGGCCACCCUGUCAUUUGGGUUGCUACUCAUGACUCUAUUGGUUUGGGUGAAGACGGUCCAACCCAUCAACCAAUUGAAACCUUGGCUCACUUUAGAGCUACUCCAAACUUGAUGGUCUGGAGACCAGCAGAUGGUAAUGAAGUUUCUGCAGCUUAUAAGGUUGCCCUGGAAUCUCUUGCAACUCCUUCCAUCAUUGCAUUGACCAGACAAAACUUGCCACAAUUGGAAAACUCCUCUAUUGAAAAGGCAACUAAAGGUGGUUACAUCUUAAACGACAUUGAUAAUGCCAAGUUGAUUAUUGCCGCAACAGGUUCCGAAGUUUCCCUUGCAGUUGAAGCUGCUGACAAAUUAACCAGUGAGGGCAUUCCAACCAAGGUUGUCUCUGUUCCAGACUUCUACACCUUUGACAAGCAAUCCCACGAGUACAAGAUGUCUGUCUUCCCGCACGGCAUUCCAGUUGUUUCUCUCGAAGUUAUGUCAUCCUUUGGUUGGUCCAAAUAUGCUCAUGCACAUAUUUCAUUAGACAGAUUUGGUGCAUCUGCUCCAGCUGAUAAAUUGUUUGAAAAGUUUGGUUUCACCAAGGACGUUGUUGCUGACAAGGCAAAGAAGGUGGUCUCGUAUUACGCGGGCAAGGAGGUCUUGUCCCAAUUGGAAACUCCUUUUUAA